CACUUGCAGCGACCUGCGAUCCCGAAUCCGCGCAGAUCCACGAUUGGUCGUUGGUCGACGCCUCCUCCCUUCUCCUGUCCUCCUGCGCGUCGCUCGGCCCAGACCAUUCCCCCAAAUCCCCCACCUCCUCCUCCUCCCCCGCCGCGACCUGCGCCGCCCCCGCCCCCGCCCCCGACGCCGCUCGCCGUCGUACGGACGAACACGAGCCCCAUCGUCUCCGGCGCCAGCUGGGCCCUCCGAUCGCCCCCCGCGCGGCCCCUCUGGGAUUCUAGGGUUUCGGGCGGGCCGGGCCCCGGAGUCCCCAAUUCGCCUGCCUGGCUGCUCGACUUGGGUCUGUGCUGCUUCGGGUUGAUCGCACGGGCUCUGAUCGCUGUUGCAUGGUCGACGCGUGCUGCUCCCGCGUGGGCGCAGGCGCAGGCGCUUGCUGACUAGCGUGAUACAUCCCACCGCUGGUACGCUGCUAUUCGUGCUUAAUUGGGCAGCGGUUUAGGUUGGAUUUGGAGGAGGAUAGAUUAUUUCCUGUUAUUGCGCUGCUGUUCGGAAGAAAGCUUUCUCCUUUUUUAAGUUUUUUCUCACGUGUGACGUCACGCGUACUCAUUUGGGGGUUGCUGCAUCCAACCGCACUGCGUGGGAUGACUGUGAUAGUCUGAGGUUAGGCCUGCAGCGAAGAUGAAUGUGGGGCAGGCUGCCCACCUGUCCGGGCAGAUGUCGGGGCAGGCGGCGCAGAUGAAUCAGGUUGGCAGCAGCGGUGUUGGUGUUGGCGGCGCCGACGGGCUGCCACAGCAUCAGCCAAUGCAGGAUGUGGUGGGCCUCGGGACGGACAGCCAGUUUGUGAUGAUGCGCAACGCCAUGCGCGAGAAGAUAUUCGAGUAUAUAGGAAGGAAACAAUCGGCGGCUGAGUGGCGGCGGCGGUUGCCUGAACUGGCGAGGCGGCUCGAGGAGAUCUUGUUUAAAAAAUUCUCAAACAAGAAUGACUACUACAAUAUGAUGAAGGGACCAGUCGAGCCACACUUGCAGUUUGCUAUUAAGGUCUUGAGCGCUCAGAACCAACAAAAUCAACAAAACCAACAAAUGUCAAGGCAAAUAUCAUCUUCCUCGGGCUAUGGCACGAUGAUUCCAACACCUGGUAUGACACAAGGCACCAGUGGAAAUACUAGGAUGCCUUAUGUUACAGACAACAAUGCUCUUUCAUCAUCUGGUGCAGGCAUGGUUCCUCAGAAUGCCAACAUGGGUACCUCGAUGCCAGGUUCGAUGUCUAAUGGUUACCAGCAUUUAACUUCCAGCAUUCCACAGAAUUCUAUCACAAAUACUGUCCAAUCGACGAUGGGUUCGAUCGGUGUUCAGCAAAUGAUCCCAACCCCAGGAUUCAGUAAUCAACAGAAUGCACCUGCCAAUCCUGACUAUUCAAAUGGGGCUGGAUAUUUCAAUGGUGAGUCAGCUGUGGCGCCACAUAUUCAGCAGCAGAAGCAAUUUCCUAGCAGCCAAAAUAGCCAUCAAAUCCAGCAUAUUGGGAGCCACAGUAAUUCUGGAAUGCAUUCAAGCAUGCUGGAGAAUUCUUCUGCUUAUGGUUUAACAGAUGGACACAUGAAUGGUGGAAUGGGAUUGCAUGGGUCAAACAUUCAGCUAACAAACAGGACUACGGCAUCAGAAGCAUAUAUGAACAUAUCCCCUUAUGGCAGUUCGCCUAAACCUAUACAGCAACAGUUCAAUCAGCACCCUCCACAGAGGAUAACAACAUCAGCUGACAUGUCUGGUACCGGCAGUUUUUAUGCUACUGGUUCUUCUGCUUUAACAACAGCAAAUAAUCAGAGCAUGAGUGCUGCAAAUUUGCAGUCUAGAUCAAGAAUGAACCCAAUGUUGGUUACCAAUCAGCUAAACAUUCAGUCCGUUCAACUGCAGCCACAGAUAAAAACUGAGGUUCUGGAUCAACCAGAAAAGGCGAAUUUUCAGUCAUCACAGUUGACUCAUGAGCAACUAAUCCGCCAGCAGCACUCAAUGCAGCAACAUCAGAUGCAGCCUAAUUCCCAGUUUGUUCAAAAUCAGUAUCAUCUAAAUCAACAGCAGCCAAAUCCACAGCAUCAGCAGGCUAUGCUGAGGAGCAAUUCCUUUAAACAGUCUCAAGUGGCUUCCAGCCAUUCUAUGCAACUGUCAGAACAGGGGGCUCUACCACACAGUGAGCUAAUAUCUUCUCAAGCAACUGACCCUGUUAACCUUCCAAAUUUCCAGGGUCAAUACCAGCAAAGAAGUGCUCAUGGUAAUGUCAAAGGAGGGCAGAUGUUUGGUCAUCUAUCUGGCUCUCAAAGUUUUCAUGCUUCUGCUUCACAUGAUUCUCAGCAAUUAUUGCCCUCUAACCCGCAGCUUGGUGACGGUUCUAAUGAUGUCAGUUAUGUGCUGAAAGGAUCACAGACAGAGCAAAUGCUGCAGCCCCAAUGGCAGCCUCAAACAAUGGAAAAAGCUCCUGUCACUACUAAUUCAUCACUUGAAAAGCAAAUACAGGAAGAUUUUUGUCAAAGAACAAUGGUGCCGGAUGGAGCACAACAACCAUUUUCAUCUGAUUGGCGUCUUUCUCGUGGCACUGUGACUUCAACCGAUCCUGCAUUGCCAAAGCCCCCAGGGGGAGGGUUUGAACAGCUCACUGGAAAUAUUUAUUUCCUCCGUCAAAUAAAGUGGUUACUGUUACUAUUUCAUGCAAAAGCAUGCUCAUAUCCUGUUGGAAGUUGUAAAUUCCAUCGCUGUGUUCAGGUGCAGGAGCUUAUCAAGCAUAUUCAGACCUGUCAAAGAAAAGAUUGUUCGUACAGGGACUGCAGUAGUUCGAAAAUGGUCUCUCAACAUUAUAAGACUUGUGUUGAUGAGCAGUGUCCUGUAUGCAGCAAUGUAAAGAAUUUUUUGCGCCGAUCAGCUGAACAGACACAAAAAACACUCGUGUCUAGAAAAUUUGCUCAACAGAAUACAACUCAAAGAAUAAUGAAUGGAGUAGAAGGUGAUAGAAUGGACAUUGACCCUGUGUCAGUUGAUGCGUUUGAUGAUCAACCAUCUGUACCAAAACGUUUAAAGAUGCAGCCUGCAUCACCCAGUGCUCCAGAGAAUGAAAUCUCUGUAACCUCCAAUCCUCAUGUAAACCCAGGGUUUGUUUUGCAGGAAACACAUCCUGAGCUGCUUGAGCACAAUAACAAGACGGCAUACCUGAAACGGGAGGUGGAUGUGAAGGCUGACGCGCGAGCUCCGCAGAAGCCCAUUAAGAUUAGUUAUGGUAUUGAUGGGAAUGUGCCUACAGUGAGGCAUAAUGUGAUUCCUAGUGUUUCGAAUGAGAUAAACUCUCAUAUCAAGCAAGAAAACUUGUCUAUUGACAAAGAGACAAGCGGAAACGUUCUUGAGGUUAAGAAUGAAACUAAUGAUUCAACAGAUGCCACUGUGUCUAAAUCAGGAAAACCAAAGAUAAAAGGUGUCUCACUGACUGAGUUGUUCACUCCAGAACAAAUAAAGGAACAUAUUGACAGUCUAAGGCUGUGGGUUGGUCAGAGUAAGGCUAAAGUUGAAAAGAAUCUAGCUAUUAGUCACUCUGAAAAUGAGAAUUCUUGCCAGCUUUGUCGUGUGGAAAAACUUACUUUUGAACCUCCACCAAUAUAUUGUUCUCCUUGUGGAGCUCGGAUAAAGCGAAAUGCACCAUACUACACUGUCGGUACUGGUGAUACACGUCAUUAUUUCUGUAUCCCUUGUUACAAUGAGUCUCGUGGUGAGACUAUUGAGGUCGAAGGUCAAGCAUUUUUGAAGGCCAAGUUAGAGAAAAAAAGAAAUGAUGAAGAAACUGAAGAAUGGUGGGUUCAGUGUGACAAGUGUGAAUGCUGGCAACAUCAAAUUUGUGCUCUAUUUAAUGGCAGAAGGAAUGAUGGGGGACAAGCAGAGUAUACUUGCCCCAAUUGCUAUGUUGAGGAGGUAAAACGUGGGCUGCGCAUGCCUUUACCACAGAGUGCCGUUCUUGGGGCAAAAGAUCUGCCAAGAACUGUUCUUAGUGAUCAUAUAGAAGAUCGGCUUUUUAUACGGCUUAAGCAGGAGAGGCAGGAUCGGGCGACUGCUGCUGGGAAAAGUUUUGACGAGGUUCCUGGAGCAGAAGGUCUUGUGGUCAGAGUUGUUUCAUCAGUCGAUAAGAAGCUGGAGGUUAAACCACGUUUUUUGGAAAUUUUUCAAGAAGAUAAUUACCCUACAGAGUUUGCUUACAAGUCCAAGGCUGUUCUUUUGUUCCAGAAAAUUGAAGGCGUGGAAGUGUGCCUAUUUGGAAUGUAUGUUCAAGAAUUUGGUGCAGAAUGCUCUUUCCCGAACCAGCGUCGUGUUUAUUUGUCAUACUUGGAUUCUGUUAAAUACUUCAGACCUGAGAUUAAAACAGUGUCCGGAGAGGCCUUACGUACAUUUGUGUAUCAUGAAAUUCUGAUAGGAUACCUUGAAUAUUGUAAGCUGCGUGGAUUCACAAGCUGUUACAUAUGGGCUUGUCCACCUUUGAAGGGUGAAGAUUACAUCUUAUAUUGCCAUCCUGAGAUUCAAAAGACUCCAAAAUCAGACAAACUUCGUGAGUGGUACUUAGCUAUGCUUCGAAAAGCUUCUAAGGAGGAAAUUGUUGUUGAGCUGACAAACCUUUAUGACCAUUUCUUCACUACUAUGGGGGAAUGCAAGGCUAAGGUGACCGCUGCUCGUUUACCGUACUUCGACGGAGAUUAUUGGCCCGGAGCUGCAGAAGAUAUGAUCAAUCAGCUUCGUCAAGAAGAAGAUGACCGGAAGCUUCAGAAGAAGAGUAAGACAAAGAAGAUUAUAACAAAAAGAGCUCUUAAAGCUGCUGGCCACACCGAUCUCAGUGGAAACGCUUCUAAGGAUGCUAUGUUGAUGCAUAAGCUUGGGGAAACCAUAUAUCCUAUGAAGGAAGAUUUCAUUAUGGUCCAUUUACAGUAUUCUUGUAGUCACUGCUGUAUCCUUAUGGCGUCUGGAAGACGUUGGGUUUGCCAUCAAUGCAGAAGCUUUUACAUCUGUGACAAGUGUUAUGAUGCAGAACAACUACUUGAAGAUAGGGAGAGGCACCCAAGUAAUAGUAGAGACAUGCAUACGCUCCAUCCGGUUGAUAUUGUUGGGGUGCCCAAAGAUACAAAAGAUAGAGAUGACAUCCUAGAAAGUGAGUUUUUCGACACCAGGCAGGCAUUCCUUAGUCUUUGUCAAGGAAACCAUUAUCAAUAUGACACCCUUCGCCGUGCAAAGCAUUCAUCAAUGAUGGUGUUGUACCACCUACAUAAUCCAACUGCACCAGCAUUUGUCACUACAUGCAAUGCCUGCUGUCAUGAUAUUGAAACUGGUCAAGGUUGGCGGUGUGAAGUUUGCCCAGAUUUCGAUGUAUGCAAUGCUUGUUACCAAAAAGGAGCGGUCAAUCAUCCACACAAGUUAACAAACCAUCCAUCAGCUGCAGACCGUGAUGCCCAAAACGCAGAAGCUCGGCAAUUACGUGUUCAGCAGUUAAGGAAAAUGCUUGAUCUUCUGGUACAUGCCUCGACAUGCCGCUCUGGUAGCUGUCAAUAUCCUAACUGCCGGAAAGUCAAGGGGCUAUUUCGCCAUGGGAUGCAGUGCAAAACACGUGCUUCAGGAGGGUGUGUCCUUUGCAAGAAAAUGUGGUACAUGCUUCAACUCCAUGCCCGAGCUUGCAAAGAUUCAGAUUGCAAUGUGCCGAGGUGCAGGGAUCUCAAAGAGCAUCUUAGAAGGUUGCAACAACAGUCUGAUUCCAGGAGGAGGGCUGCCGUAAAUGAAAUGAUGAGGCAGAGAGCAGCAGAAGUCGCCGCAAAUGAGUAGUUGCAUCUGUACAUGUAUACAUUGUGGAAAGAAGAUAGGAAGUAUGCAGGGUUGCACUCCUCAUUCCCACACCAAGGAGAAGCUUGGGAUGGUUGAAUUAUAGGAUGUAGGUAAGAGCCGCUCUGCAUGGAUUCGUACGACGAAGGUCUUGUGCGUUCUUUGCCUAUGGUUAACAUAUAGGCUUGGGAGCAUGCCUUUUUUCCGAAGAGCUCAAGGGUGCAGCACCGUAGGCUGCAUCUGUUUGCACCCUCUCCAAUGCUAGAAAAAAAAGCCCCACCCUGCUUAGUUUGCUGAUAUUCGCACACAACCCUCGGGUGUGGUGAUUCUUUUAUUUGACCUGUACUAGUUGAACUAAUCUUCUCGUUGCUGCCUGCUGAUCGUGUAUAAUAGGUCUCUGGACUAAGGACUGUCCUGUGUUGAAAAUUUGGUGUAGUUUCCCUCUCCAGUUUCUUCUUGUCUCGUUCAGGAGGGGUAUAGGUUAAAAAAGGAAAGGGAUGGGCGUUGGACAAGUAUUUGUUUAUUUCUGCCCCCAUUUUGUAGAAUGAAUCUUUGUUGAAAGUAUAAAGGAAAGUAAAUCCUGCAUCUCGUAGCAGCAGCAGCUGCUUCUCUAGUCAA